CUAAGUUUUCCCCAUCCUUGAACUGUAUCCUCCCCAAGCACUAACCACACAGCUGGGUUUAGACUGGACUUUGAAGAACAGAAAGGCUCCUCCCAGGAGGGGGUGGGAGGAGGAAGGGGCGUGCCAGCGUAUUUCACUGAAAUGAAAGUGGAAGCAGAGAGCCUGCUUACCGGACCUUCAGCCUUCUGAAGUUUCUCCCUGGAGUUUAGUGGUGGAGGACUCUUCUACUUUGUGCCCUACUCUGAAGCCUCAGCUCUUGCCGAGUGGAUCCCAGAUUCAUGUCAGUGGCCCUGAAUGACAUCCUAUGCACUCUGCAGGAGGAGCAGGCCAGACUAAAGAUGAGGCUACAGGAGCUACAACUGCUGAAAGAGGAGCUCAGGGACUCCACCAAAGACAAGGUCCCAUUCCCAGUGCCCGAAGUCCCCCUGGUAUUCCGAGGACACACUAAGCAAGGCCGAGAAGUGCCUAAGUAUUUGGUUUCCAACCUGCAGAUGUGCUGCCCUCUGCCUGGAAGCUCUGCUCUGGUUACCUUUGAUGACCCCAAAGUGGCCGAGCAGGUGCUUCGCAAAAAGGUACAUAAGAUUGACAUGGAGGAGUGCCGACUGCUGGUACAGGUCCAGCCUUUAGAGCUGCCCAGAGUGACCACCAUCCAGGUGUCCAGCCAGACAGAUAGACAGAGGGUGCUGGUCAGUGGAAUUCCUUCAGGACUCGAGAUGAAUGAGGAGCAGCUGUUGGAUAAGCUGGAGAUCUUCUUUGGCAAGGCCGGGAACGGAGGUGGAGACGUGGAGACUAGGGAACUGUUGCAAGGAAGUGUCAUGCUGAGUUUCACCAAGGAAGAAGUGGCCCAGAACCUGUGCCAGAUUGGUCAGUUCAGAAUGUUAUUGGGUGGACAGCAGGUCACUCUGAAAGUCUCUCCCUACAUGAGUGGGAAGAUCCAGAAGGCUGAGAUCAAAUGUCAGCCAGUAGCCCGCUCUGUUCUGGUGGUCAACAUUCCUGAUGUCCUGGACAGCCAGGAGCUGCAUGACAUCCUGGAGAUCCAUUUCCAGAAGCCCACUCGGGGGGGCGGAGAGGUAGAAAACCUGACAGUGGUGCCUCCAGGACAGCACGGCCUGGCAGUCUUCACUUCUGAGUCCCCCUAAAUUGUGUGUGUGAGUGUGUGUAAAAGAUCUCAUGUUCAUCAGCAGGGGGUAAGAAUUCCAAAUUGCAAAACAUGAAUUGCAUGGCAUGA